ACACGUUUUAGCUAAAUGGGAUGAUUCAAGAGGUGUAUGUUGGGUCAAAUAUCUCCAACGAGGUUUGGUCAUUACGGCCGCUGUUAUACCAAAGCUUCGCAAUCAGCCUCAAGAUCAUGAGGUGAAAACUUUACUCUCCCGGGUGGGAUUAAAAUUAUUUACAAUAUGGCGCUUUAGCGGGAAGAUGGAUGUCAGUUGCGAAUUGCCCCAAAACAGCUUUAAAUUUGAAAAUGCAGACCAAAAAACAAUUAAUUCUCAUCGCAAGGGAGUUUCUUGUGUUAAGUUUAGUCCAAACGGGCAAUUUAUAGCUUCCUCUUCGGCCGACAAACUGAUAAAGAUAUGGAACUUGGCUGGGAAAUUGGAAGGGACUUUGAUAGGACAUAGGCUAGAGGUUUCCGAAGUUUCGUGGAAUUCUGCGAGUCAGUUUCUUGUUUCGGCAUCAGACGACACCAGUGUGAGGAUUUGGGAUCUUGCCAGCAAGACGUGUGUUAAGGUUCUUCUUGGUCAUCAAGACUAUGCCUUCUGUUGCUGUUUUAACUCGAAAACAACUUUGGUUGUGUCGGGUUCAUUUGAUGAAAGCAUCAAGAUCUGGGACGUGUCUGAAGGUACCUGUCUGAAAACAUUAAUUGGCCACAGUGGAGCAGUCACAGCAGUGCACUUCAGCAGGGAUGGGACCCUUGUCAUCUCUUGUAGCUACGAUGGUAAAUACUGUGUAUGGGAUGUAUUUUCUGGCUGCUGUUUGAAAUCCAUCUCAGCUAGCCAGCAGUCACAUUUGCCCAUAUCUCAUGCCACAAUGUCACCUAAUGGCAAAUUUCUGUUGUUAUCAACUCUUGAUAGCAUCUUAACAUUGUGGGAUUACAAGAUUGGACAAGGAAGAAUUCUCAAAACCUAUCAAGGACAUCUAAACAAGGACUACUGUGUAAUAAGCUGUUUCAGCACAGUGAAUGGCAAGUGGGUGAUAUCUGGAUCAGAAGAUAAUCACCUGUACAUCUGGGAACUAAACUCUUGUCAAACGGUGGGAAAGCUAAGAGGACACACACAGCCUGUAUUAAGCUGUGAUGCUCAUCCAUCAGACCAAGUUAUUGUAUCAGGAUCUCUUGAUAAGAGCAUCAAGUUAUGGAGGUGGUCUUCAGUUGAGCCAGGCACACUUUGAUUUCCUUUCCUCCCACGUCCUGGCAUGAACAUUUUAGCAUUGCAUGACAUUACUGGUAUCACUGAGAAACAUAGGUAGGCCCCUCAUACCUGAAAAGGACCCUGCAUUUGUCAUAGGCAGAGUCAAUAUAUUACCUCAGUAAGUCUGUAAAUUUACAUUUUAUAUCAAGCAUACAAGGAAACAAACAAGCAAUAAUGAUGAGGCAGGCUAAAAACCACCCUGCGGUAAACAACACCUUGGGGAAUAAAUCUUUGACAAAAUGCAGAAAACAAAGCUUAAACAACUUCCUGUUUCUCAAACUUUAUUUGUAACUUUACCAUGAUGGUGUAAAUACACAACUGUACACUGACUUCUUCAAUCCAUAAUUAUAAUUUAUUAAACAUAAUUCCAUAGGCAUUUCCCUCUGCAAAUAUGCAGGCUACAUGUAUUUAUAUUUUUCUCUUCCACCCUGACAAGCAAACUCAGUCAAAAAAGUGACAAUACCAUUUGGUAUGCACCUGAAUUUCCUCAUCAUAAACAAACUAAGAUUCUACAUGACUAUUGUACAUCUUGUAGAGAAAAACUUCUCGUAAUAAGUGUUUUUCAAAUAAUCUUCUCAUUUCUUCUUUGUCCAAAUAUACUGAACUAGAAUUUGACAGGUUAAAACCUUAUCUCUCCAAAGGAAAAAAAUGAUUUGUUGGUAUGUUCACUGACUUAAUAAGUGCAUGCAACUAACAAGAUUAUCAUAUACAGUACCUUCCACAAAAAAAUCAGUCUGAAUAAGGCAAUUGAGUAACUCAUACUUUUUUAAAAGCUGGUUGUAAUCAUUAUGAUAACGGUUGAGGGACCUGACUCAUAGUUUUCUGCAUCCUGAAAUAUUUAGCAUACCUCUUAACUACCAUUUGGGAUCUUUAAUGAUAUUCCCCAUCAUUAACCAUCUUCAUUCCUUCUUGAAUUAGCUUUGCCUAGUUGACAAUACGUAUUAUUCUGUACUAGUCCCAUAAAGGUGAAGGUAGCUUUGCAGACACACAAAAAGAAAAAGACUCAAAAUACUGUAAUAUGUAGCUCGUUAAGGAUAUAGAGAUGACAAAGAGAUAUCAGUUGCCCUACUGUUCCCUGUGUAAGUGCGCUUUUUUUAUCCUCACUAUCAUCAUUUUGUCUGAUGGAAUAAAGUUGAAAUUUACUUGA